AUGAUGGCCGAUCAAGUUCGCAUCAACGAAUUGGUCACAGCAGUUUACGAGAACCUCGAAAACCAGCACGACUGGACAAACCUAGAAACCCAUUCUCAGUCGGCCAACAACGCUGCUCUUCCGCGGCCUAUGAUUACGGGUCUCCCCCCUCGUCGACUGUAUCUACAUCCAGACGAUCAGAUUGAGAUGCUCAAAACGCACUCCAUCAAUGAGAUCGAGGAGACACCAAUUAUGGAAUGGGUUCUGCCCACGCAUCUUAAUGAGAAGUUGACACUCAAGGAGUUUGCGGCUGUAUUUGAUUCACUAGAUUCGCUGCAACCUUCAACUCCAGCCCGUCCAAAGCGAAUGCUGCUGGCAACAAUUCACGAUGACUCGACGGUUGUCUACUAUUUUAUACACGACGGUAUCGUGAAGCCUCGACAGAAUUAA